GGUAAACAACCGUUGUAUAUGGACUCCUGGUGUCUAUCAUUGAACUUUUCAGACUACACUGUACUGUAGAUUUUGAAAACUAAAGCUGGUCUUGUGUUGUUUUUUAUUGAGAUUUUAUUAAGAUCUAACAAUUUAAGCAUGGGAUUGAGAUCAGGUUACUUUACAAAUUUUUGUAAAUUAGUUUGUAUUGCUCUUGCCUUGCAUACUCUGACGGUCAGUGGGGAUAUGAAAAAACUAAGAGAAACGAUGGAGAAAAAAGCCAGAGAACAAGGCAUCGACCCCAACAACCUGAAACCUGGAGAAUCUUUGAUGAUACCGCCAGAGCUUACUGAUGAAGAGGAAGGCUCGCGUCACAUGCCGGAAGCUCAUCGAUGUGAUGGAUGCACUGCUGUUGCCUUUCAGUUUGAAAAAGCCUUUGGAAAAGCCCUUAAGCAUGUCAAGAAAGGCCAGCCUCUUUCUCUGGCUGAUGUCUUGGAUGUCGCUGAUUUAGUUUGUGAUAAAAGAUUGAAAGAGUAUGGACUGAAGAAUAUAAAUGGUGAAAAGUAUUUAUCAGGUGAAGGCUUGCCAAAAGAGAAAGAACCUGGAAUAUUGGAGGCAGGUGGGAAAUGGGAUGCCAGAUUGUCCACACUGUGCCGGGAGCUGAUUGAAAUGUAUGAGGAAGAUGGCAUCUAUGAUUUCUACCGAGCCAAAGGAAAGGAAAAGUUAGCUGUUUCAUUAUGCACAGCUUACUGCAGUCCUGAACAGCUCAAUGCCAUGAAAACUCCAAAAGAAGAAUUGUGAAAUUUACUUAGUUUCAUGUUUUUUUUUUUUUUUUUUUUUUUUUAAACAAAACAUUAAGAGGAUGUCAAUACAAGUGUCUAUUAUAAUAAUUAUCUAAAGUUUAUUUCUACUUGGUGCUAUAAGUAAGUAUAGAAAUGUGCUAUGUACAAAAUGAUUUGUAAGCACAUCUAUGUCAUAGUAGUCAUAGGUUACCUUGUUAUCUAGAGAUCAAUAAUAGGACCUAAGAAAAACAUGAAAGUAUCUAGAAACUCAUAAACUUUUAGUGCUAUUCAAAUACAUUUCAUUGUUUUGCCUAGUCAUUUUUUAAAUUCUGAUUCAAGUUAACUUAUAUUAGUGUCAGUCAAUAUUUGCUUUUUUUUUUUUGUGAGAUCAAAAGGUAGUAAAUCUCUACAAACAUGGCAAAGAAAAUGUUAAAAAUUAGAUAAUCUUCAAAUUCCUUCAAGUCAAUUUUUACUUCAUCAUCUCUAGACACUUAAGUUACUCAUUUGAUAUAUUGCUUUUUUCACCUUUGUAUCUCCCUUUACUGCUUUGUAUCUGGAUCACACUUUGUUUGCUAGUUGACCUUUACAAGGCUUGAUUUCAGUACAUGGGUUGAAGGAUUCUCUGAGCACAAGUGAUCGUCAGAAACUUAUAGUGGGCCUCAAGUGACAGUUGGGGCUAAAUCAAGAAGAGGGGAUGUACUGUCCUUAACUUGGGCUUUAACUUUUAAUGUAAAUCAUCUAAUGGCAAUGUCUUCAAUUUCGAUGAUUAAGGAUGAGUGCAGUGUUUCACAUGACUCCGCAAAUCCAGCUGCAACCUGCAUAUUUUCCCACAUCUCAUGCAGACAAAGCCGUUUUCCUCUUUGUUCUUUUUAAGUUUUCCUUCCAUCUUCUGCACCUCAAUAAAAGCAAAAUAUAUAGUAUUAAGUCCUGAUGUAGUUGCCUUUUUACCAUGAGUUAUGAAAAGUGUACAUAUUUUUAAACUUUGUUAUCUAGAAAAAAAAACACAUGUUCAUAACGAAUGGAGAAUGUGCAGUACCAAUGUAGUAGUUCUGUAAUAAUCUUUAAAAAAAAAAAGUUAAUUAUGUAUAUUUAGAAAGAUAUUUGACUCUUACUUUGUGUUUCUUAAUUAUAACAUAAUAUCAAAAAAUAUUUAUUAGAAUAUAUCUAUUGCUACAAUUGUGUGAUGCAGAAUUGAAAAAGGACACAAUAUCUUAUUAAAUAAUUCUGACCGUCCUUUUGUACAUAAAUACAAGUUGUUUUUUUACAAAUAUUUUAGACAUAUUUUCACAUUUCAUUUGUUGUGAUGUUUUCAAAUAAUGAUCAAAAAGGCUUAAUUAUAUGAUAAUUUUUUUUAUAUCUAAUUUCAAACUGCUGAUAUUAUAUUUAAAUUUAAAAAAAAAAAGAGUUGUAGAUAUUUUUAUUGCAUCUAUUGUUUAACUUGCUGCUUUUAAAAUAUCUGAAAUUAAUGUUUUUUUUUUUUUCCUUCUGCACUAAUGUAUUUGUGCUCUGGUUGUUGUGUGUUGAAGUGGUUACCAAUCACUUGGUGCUACACCUUCUUGUUCUGAGAUUUCUUCUCACCAUUUUAAAGAUGAACUUAUAUAUCAAAUAUUUGUUCUAAUUGUGUCUUGUUGUAAUAAUACUCAUUGUUAACAAUAAUAUUUAUGACUUUUCUACAAGACAUAAAUUUGUUUGCACUUUUUAGCCCAGCAGAAUAGAGAUUUUAAACUCCUGCACAUCUACCACAAAGUCAAUUUUUGGCUUUUUAAAAUUUUAUCGAUUGGUUCAAAAUCUCUCCCAAUUUUAAUUGGUUUAAUUCGUUUCAGAGAUUCCUUCAGAUUUGAAGAUAUUUGCAUCAUAGCCCAAACUGCCCGUUUGAUGGUGGAAGGCAGGGUUUGAACCCAGAACCAUCCUUCCCAUUGAACAACGUCCACAGUGCAUACCACAUGGCUAGGCAGUCAUCAAGGCUAUAUCCUCUUUUCAUUGUUUUUUAAAGAUUUGUUAUAUCACACACACACACACACAUUUCCCCAAAUCACUUUAUCUUUUUUUUUCUUUUUUGACUGCUACAAAAUCAGAAUGUUAACUUUAAUAUGAAAGUCAUCUGUGUGUGUAACGCUUGCUCACUAUUCCUCUGAUUUCUGACCUGUCUCACCUGCACUGGCAUGUAGUUCCUGAUUUUCUGUUGAAAUUUCUUUCUCUUACAUGGUUUAAGAUUGUUUUCGACUACCAUGAACACCUCUAGACAUAGACUUUGUUUUGUCAUUUGGAUGGCUGUGCUGGGAAAUACAAAGGUGUACUCAGUUGUAGUGUUUUCUAGAGCUAUGAAAAUUUAAAAAAAAAAAAAAAAAGCUUAAGCAAGUUUUUUUAUUCUUUGCAAUCUCUUAUCAACCAAUUAAAUGUCACAUAUUUGUCCAAUAUGGGGCGCUUUUGCUCAGGUUUGUUAGGGCUGUGAAUCUUGUUGUUUUGAAUUAUUUAACUUAUUGCUAUGAUUUUCAUAGUUUUGAUGUUACAACUAGACUUCAUUCCAUAUCUGCUGAUUGAUCUACUGCUGCAAGUUUGUGACAAGUUUGAAAUGAUAGAACAAUCUAUUUUUGCCUUAUCUUGUUUUUUAAAUUUUAAAACCUUUUAUUUACAGUGAAUUUAAAGAGCUUAUAAUCAAAGAGUACCAAAAUGUAAGCUUGAGCUUAAUAUAAUACUUGUAUAAUUAAGAUUAUUGAUGAUGUCAUAAAGAAACAAAUGUUAAUGAGCUACAUUCCAGUAGUUUCUAGUUUAUAUAUUUUAGUGCAUGAAAGGACCAUAUAUUGUUAGAGACUUAUUUCACAGAAGGGCAAUGAAGAGUUUCACGUAGUCUGAAGAUCUAGAUAGUUAGGAAAUAUCAUGACAUAAAUACAAUCUUUUUUCUUUCAUUAAUGUGGUUCAGUUGCUCUAAUUGUCAAAAUAUAAUAUUAGCACUUUUUAUAUUGUGUAAAUGUAUUCUGUAGUGCUAGCAAUGUAGAAAAUGAUCUCCAUUUUACUGUUUUAUAUUUCCUCAUCCUUGCAUUUGUAAAUUAUUGUUUUGAAAUGGUCUUUUAGAAAGAUACAAAGCUAUACUAACAUUUACUUCUAUAUUUAAAGCAUCAACAUGAAUGCAAAGAUAGUCUCCCCUAUCUGAUGGACAACAGAAUGCAAAGAAAUGGUUGUUACACAUUUUGUAGUCAAAUAUUUUUUUUUAUUAUUAGUUUCAGAUGGAUGGUAAAAGUAAGUUAUACUUGUAUAUCUACCUAACAAACACAAACUGAUUUCAGAGUACCAAUGUAAGAUUUAAAAAAAAAUGCCUUAUUAUAACCUACUAUUAAAUGCCAGUAAGAAUGUUUGUUUUGUGUACAAGAUUUUAUGAUUGUGGCGUCUCAACUAUAAUGUUUUUACCAAAAAUUAAAGGGUGUCAUAUGGAUUAUCAGGACAUUAUUUGUGCUCUAUACAAAAUUGAGAUAGUGUAAACUGGUAAAUGAAAUUGUUGGAAUAGACCACACCAAAGUAAAUGUUCAAUGUAGUUUUUAAAAAUAUUGGUGUAUUAAUCUCUUCAUGCAUAUCAUAUUGCAAAUUUUGUCUCAAAUGACCUUUUCAUACCAUGUUUUUUUUUUUUUCAUAAGUGCCAUAUCUGAGACAAAUGACCUAAAGUAUAGUAAGACAGUAGUAUACACUGGGAGUACUCUUCUGCUCAUUGAGGUGUGCAAUAACAUUUCCCAAUGAUCUACAAGCUGGCUGUUGUGGAGCUCACUUGCCUAUACAGAUUAUCAGUCUGUAUGAACAUGGAAUAGGAGAGCAUAUAUAACCUCUAACCUAUAUUUUAAGGUCUUGUUGAUGUUUUGUUUUCCCUUCUCAUUGAUAUUUGUCAUUAUGCACUUUUUAAAGCCUAUGUGUUCUAGAUUUACAAUUUUUUUUUAUUCAUUGCUGGUUGAUAUUUAUGAAACGUUGAUUCAAUAAAUGUUUAUUAAACAUAA